GAGGAGGAAGACGCAGAGCCCGAACCCGAGGAUGAGGACGAGGACGAGGACGAGCCUCUGAAGCGCGCCGCAGAACCUGCCGACACCUCCGAGCUCGACGAACUCUCCUCCCCGUCGCCGCCACCCGCCCCCAUCUCCCCCUCCCGCUCCAGACUCAAAAUAACCCUCAAGAUUCCCGCCCAGUCCCGCCGCACCAUCGAGUCCGACGACCCCUCCCUCUCCCCCGAGCCCGAAGACGAAGAUGUCGACAUGAACGACAACGGCGGCACGCCCUCCGCGCUCUCCAUCCCCCCCGGAACAGGGCCCACCGCAAGCGGGAGCGGCAGCCGGCCCAUGACCACGCGCCAAGCCGUCCUCGCCAGCGUCGUCGACUCGACCCACGUCUCCCUCACCGAGACCUCGCGCAAGAAAAAACCCCUCAACGACGCCGAGCUCGCCCUCCGCCGCGAAGAAACCGCACGCAAGCGCAAACACCUCUCCGAAAAGAAACUCGAGGAUGAAAAGGCCGAGACCAUCAACCGCCUCCUCAAAAAGCAGUCCCGCUCAAAAACAAAGCGCAGCGCCCUCUCCACCGCCGAAGACCGCACCCCCGCCGGCGCCAGCACCCCCGCACUCGGCGACGCCGACGACGAUGCGCCGCACCCGCUCGGCACGCCCGCCCUCGCCGCGGCGGCCACAGCGUCGUCGCUCCUCAACGGCGCGGGCACCGAGGGCGCAGCCGCGGGCGCGAACGUGCACGCGGCGGCGGAGGCGCGCCCGACGAUGUACCGGUGGCUGUCGACGACGCGCGGCGCCGCGCCGGGGGAGAAGACCAUGGCGCUGGCGUUCUGCGUGCCCGCGUGCGCGCUGCCCGGGGGCGUGGCGGGCACGGGCACGGGCACGGGCACGGGCGCGGCGGACGGGAUGGACGUGGACGCGCCGGCGCUUGCGCCCGUCGCCGCGCAUCCCGCGGCGGUGUGCGCGGUCGCGGGGUGCGGGAGGGGGCGCAAGUACCGCCUCGUGCGGGACUGGACGCGCGGGGCGUGCGGGAUGGAGCACCUGCGCGCGCUGACGACGCCGAGCGCCGCAUGACGCGCCGCGGGCCUGGCCUGUGCGGUGUACAUAGUCUCCCAGGGCUCAGACGCACCGCCGCCUCCGUCCGUGCUCCUGCGUCUGGUCGCGCGCUUGUUUUCGUUCUGGUCUCGUCGCUCUGAUGUACUACGCCUGUAUUCUAGAUAUUCUUCUCGUCGGUCGAUACCCCUCGAAAUACAGUGUUUUUUUUCUGGG